AUGGCCGCUCCUACCCCCGCUGCCCCUGCCGGCCCUACUGGCUUGGACCUCUACUCUCGCUUCGCCUUCGCUGGUGCUUGCUGCUGUGCCAUCACCCACGGAGCUGCCACUCCCCUUGAUGUCGUCAAGACCCGUAUUCAGCUUGACCCUGCCACCUACAACCGUGGUAUGAUCGGUGGUUUCCGCCAGGUCAUCCAGAACGAGGGAGCUGGUGCUCUCCUGACUGGUUUCGGUCCUACCGCCGCUGGUUACUUCAUCCAGGGUUCCCUGAAGUUCGGUGGUUACGAGUUCUUCAAGCAGCAGUCCAUCAACGUUCUCGGUCUGGAGUCUGCUACCAACAACCGCACCGCUGUCUACCUCGCUUCCUCCGCCGCCGCUGAGUUCGUCGCUGACAUCGGUCUCUGCCCCCUUGAGGCCACCCGUAUCCGUCUGGUAUCUCAGCCUACCUUCGCCACCGGUCUGAUGAGCGGUUUCAGCCGUAUCCUUAAGGAGGAGGGUGUUGCUGCUUUCUACUCCGGAUUCGGACCCAUUCUGUUCAAGCAGGUUCCUUACACUAUGGCCAAGUUCGUCGUCUUCGAGAAGGUUUCCGAGGCCAUCUACAACUCCAUCGACAAGGAGUCCGCUUCCAACGGUACCAAGACCGGUAUCAACCUUGGUUCCGGUCUUAUUGCCGGUCUCGCCGCUGCCGCUGUCUCCCAGCCCGCUGACACUAUGCUCUCCAAGAUCAACAAGACCCAGGGUCUCCCCGGUGAGGGCACUAUCUCUCGUCUUAUUAAGAUCGGAAAAGAGCUUGGUAUCCGUGGCUCUUACGGCGGUAUCGGCGCCCGUCUCUUCAUGGUUGGUGGUAUCACUGCCGGUCAGUUCGCCAUCUACGGUGACAUCAAGCGUAUGCUCGGUGCCACUGGCGGUGUUGAGAUUGGCAAAUAG